GUGAGGUGGUGAGCGGCUCCGGGGAGCCCAGGCUGGCUCCAUGUAUCCCGAAUCCACCACUGACUCCCCGGCACGACUCUCGCUGCGGCAGACGGGCUCCCCCGGGAUGAUUUACAGGAACCUCGGGAAGUCUGGGCUGCGCGUGUCCUGCCUGGGCCUGGGUAAGUGCCGGGCUUUGCCGCAGCCCCGCGGCAGCCCCCGUCCCACGGUGCUCGCCCGCUCCAGCCGAGCUUUGCGAAGGAUGGCAGAGCAGCUGAUGACUUUAGCCUACGACAACGGCAUUAAUCUCUUCGACACGGCAGAAGCCUACGCCGCCGGCAAGGCGCGCGGGGCUUUGCAGGUGCCGCCACCGGUGACUCUCUCUCCCUGCAGACGGUCCAGCCUGGUCAUCACCACCAAGAUCUUCUGGGGAGGAAAGGCUGAGACGGAGAGGGGCCUGUCCCGAAAGCACAUCAUAGAAGGCUUUGCGGGGCUGCGAAGGCAGGGGAUGAGCCCGACCCAGGCUUCCCGUAACUGGGUCGCUCAGCCGGCGAGCUGGGGUGUGCAGCGUCAAGGUGCCAGGGUGGAGGCGGCGAGCGCGGCGCAGCCGUGUGCGUCCUCCCGCGUGCGCCAGGGACACGAUCCUGACUCCCAACGGCAUCUCCCGCAGGUCCUUCCAAAGCUGUCGUCUUCCAUCGUCCACGAGAUCGAUAGCAUCCUGGGCAACAAACCCUACAGCAAGAAGGACUACAGAUCCUAAGUGCGCACACGCGCGCGCUGCACAGCCCUCGCCGCCCGUUCGCUUGCUUACGCUUUGUUGGAGCGAAGUGGAGAGUGUGGUUUGCACCGCGAGCCCGAGGUGCCGCGAG